UAUUGUUUGGAACCCAAAACAAGCAGGUAUACGUAAAUAUAUUGGGCAUUUAUGAGAGUCAGAAAAACAUUUUUUUUCCUUUAUAUUAUCCCUUUGUUAUAUUCAUUUUUCACUUUUGUAAAAAUUGUUUACCGUUAUUUAAUACCGUUGAAAAUAUUUUCUCUAAAGCAUCUUUGUUUUUGAGUAUGUUUACGUAUUUCUUGAAUUUUAAUAUAAAAACGUGUGGUUUUUGUAAGGGAUUAUCACCAAAUGCGUCAAUCAUUCGCUUGUUCGAAAGUCCACUCCUGCGUAAAUUCACUGCAAGUUUAAUCGCACAUUUUUUUUCUGAUGAUGUUCAGAGAAAUAUGCAGUCAAAAAGAGGAUAAAGAUAACCUUACAGGAUGUCUUCUUUCCAAAUGUAUACUUUUGAUUUCACCGUUUACGGAAAUAUUAGCACGACAACGUAUUUCGUAAUAUUGUCAUAUAUUAAAGGGAUGAUUUUAUUAUUAUUAUUAUUAAUUAUUAUCGCAGAAGGAACGAUCGACUUACAAAUUCGCCUCAAUUCGUUCUUUCGCGACCGCGUGGAUUACCUAACCACCUGGAUGUGUCAACACCCAGCUAUUCGAUCAAGGAAUAUUGCAGUAGCCAACUUCACAGCAUACCUCCGUUCUCGUUUUUUCUCCCAUAAUCUUUUUCUUCUUUGCUUUUUGUAUUAUAUUUAUUGUAUUUUAUCGUAUUCAUUUUUUUUAUCUUUAUUACUUAUAUUGUUUUUAUUGUUAAGAUGCACCAUAAAGUUAUGAUAAACACGAAUCACGUAGUUUUCAUCGUGUGUUUGGUAGUUUAAAUUUCCGGAAAUGACGUAACUCGAUAUGAAAGUAAGCAAGUAGACGAAUGUAAUCCCUCGUCAUAAAGGCAUUAUCUAUUGUGUUGUGACAAACAUUGUAAUAAACAAGUUUAUCCAGUCUUUUUUAAGAGUCAUUCACUUUACGGAAUAACACGAUUAUUUAUAUUAUUGAGUGAUAUUUUUUCGGAUUUGGAAAAUUACCGAAUUAUUUUUUGACAUCAACUUGCUCUACCGUAAAAGUCUAACGUGAUAAAUCACGAAGUAGUUAUGUUUCGGAUUCCAAAGUCUACAAUGUCUACAACUCUUUCAACGAUUAAUUCAAAACCUUCUACUCAAACACGUAAAUGUUUGUAUGCAUCAUUUGAAUGUUUACAACCUUGCCAUGAAGGAUAUUCAUACUGUUUAAGGCACAUUCUUGAAGAUCCAAAUGCUCCUUUUAAACAAUGUGCUUUUAUAUAUAAUUCAAAUGGGAGAAAAUGUCAGAACCCAGCACCCAAACUUGACAAAAGAGAUACUUCAUACUGUAUAGAACAUACAAGGAAAGCACAAAUUGCUCGUAUUAAAUCAACGUCACGUCAUUCAUUACCACAAACGCCUGAAAUAUUACUAUUAAAUUUGAAUCACUAUGUAAAGCCAGCUGAUUCAAGUACAGAGGAUACUGAAGAUGAAGAAAAUAAAGUUAAAGCAUUAGAUCCUUUUAAUGAAAUUGAUGCUUAUAGAGUGAAUGCAAGUGGGUGUGACAUUUUAGAUUACGCUAGCUCCUCUGAUAGUGAUGUUGAACCUACGACAGUAAGUGAUACUUUAAAAAAUGCUUGUCUUGAUGACAGUGAUAAUGAAAGUUUACAUAGCCCACAAGAAGAUCCAUUGAAUAUUAAUUUUUUAAGGCAUGCUGGAAUAUUUACUGCAGAGGAGGUAAUUUAUAUUGCAAGAGAAAAAUUAAUCCGCCUUCAGUCACUUUACAUAGAUCAAUUUAGGAGAUUACAAUAUACAUUAAGAGAGAGGAGACGCAAAUAUUUACAUGGUUUAAAAAAAGAAAAAGAAACUGUAUGUAGUAUACAUGAUCAACCAAAAGAAACAGCAAGGGAGAAAAAAAUAUAUGAAAAAUUAAAAGCAUUAAAUCGGUAUCAUAGACGUAGUGGCACAGAAGCUGUACUUUAUAGGAAAUCUUUAGAACGUCGAGCGCAGGUAUCAGAGGGACCAACGCAAAAGCCACCAAAUAUAUCCAAAUGUAUAUUUACAGAAGGUGGUGUGAAAUGUGGCGAAAGAACACUUCCUUCUGCUAAACACUGUCGUAAACAUAUUCUUAAGGAUCAGCACCAAGUUUUAUUUAAAGCUUGUGGUGCAGUACAUGCUGAUAUUGAAUGUCAUGAACCUAUACCAGUUAUAUUUGAUUCCAAUUGUAUAUUUCAUAUGAACUUACCACAACAAUGUAAAUUAGAACCAAUGAAAUUCGAAGAAGAAAAAUCUACUAUACAAGAAUUAUCGAUGAUUGAUAAUCAAUCCAUGGAAAUUGAUGUAGUUGGUGAAACUCAAGAAAUAGAUCCAGAUGAUGAUAUGGCUGGAUUAAUGAGAGAAAUGAAUGAUACUAGUCACAUGAAACCAACAUUCAAUGAAAGUUUGAACAGUGAAGCAAGUACUGAUACAGCAUUUAGUUUAUCAGCCCAAAUGAGUGAUAAGGAUGAACUAAUUUCAAUGUGACAUGAGUUUUUAUAUUAAUUUGUAGUCAUUAUUGUAUUAUAUAACAUUCAUAUUAAGCAUAUAUUUGGGUUUAAUCUUUAUAAUUAACAGCAUAAUAAUUUUAUUUAUAUAGAAAUGAAUAAGCUUUUAUGUUUCAUCUUCAAUUAUUUGUUCUACUAGCAGUGAAUGUAGUUUAUAUUCACUGCUAAGUUUGUACAUAUUCCUAUUAAUAAUCUUAACAAGUGUAUAUAAUUAGUAAGUAUAAUAAUAAAUUAUUGCAAAUGUGUA